GUCAUACGUACUUCUUUUUUUUUUUUAAGUGAGUCGUAACCUAACGUUGAUUUGAAAGCCGUUCCCUUCUCACGGCGUGAGGGAGCCUGAGUCCGCGGGGAAUUGGCGCCGGCGCCGUUGGGGCGUGGGGCCCGGGCGCUGCGAGUUCCCGCGGGCAGGGCUGGGGAGGGGUCCGUGCCGGAGGCGGCGCCGUGGCGAGUUCGGCUCGCUGGCCUCUUCCCGAGAUGCUGAAAGCAGCUGGACCUCGCCUGAAACGAGCGACUACUUAACACGCCGGCAAAAUGCUUAGGAGAUGCCUCACCCCGGGCGAGGUUAACGAUGGUCCGUAGUGGAAAAAAUGGUGACCUUCAUCUUAAACAGAUUGCGUAUUAUAAAAGAACUGGUGAAUAUCAUGCAACUACACUGCCAAGUGAGAGGAGUGGCAUAAGAAGAGCGGCAAAAAAAUUUGUCUUCAAAGAAAAAAAGCUGUUUUAUGUUGGGAAAGACAGAAAACAAAAUCGUUUGGUAAUUGUUUCAGAAGAGGAGAAAAAAAAAGUCCUAAGAGAAUGCCAUGAAAAUGACACUGGCGCUCAUCACGGCAUUUCGAGAACACUCACUCUAGUGGAAUCUAACUACUAUUGGACUUCUGUGACCAAUGAUGUCAAACAGUGGGUAUAUUCUUGUCAGCAUUGCCAAGUGGCAAAAAAUACAGUUAUUCUAGCACCUAAACAGCACCUUCUCAAGGUAGAAAAUUCAUGGAGUAUAGUUACUGUGGAUCUGAUGGGACCUUUUCAUACAAGCAUCAGAAGACAUGUUUAUGCUAUAAUUUUGACAGAUUUAUUCACAAAAUGGGUUAUGAUUUUGCCUCUAUGUGAUGUUUCAGCAUCAGAAAUUUCUAAAGCUAUUGCCAAUGUAUUUUUCUUAUAUGGACCUCCUCAAAAACUAAUAAUGGACCACAGAGAUGAAUUCAUUCAACAGAUCAAUGUUGAUCUGUUUGGAUUGUUUGGUACAAAAGAGAUUGUAAUUUCUCACGCUUCUGGAACUGUUAAUCCAACGGAGAGUACACCUAGAACCAUCAAAGCGUUUCUCUCCAAGCAUUGUGCUGACCACCCCGACAACUGGGAUGAGCACUUACCCGCUGUGUCCUUUGCGUUCAACGCCACUCACUCGGAGCCUGCUAAAAAUACACCAUAUUUUCAGAUGUUUAAUCGAAAUCCUUAUAUACCAAAGACUUCAGAUACUCUCCAUGAAGUGGAUGCUGACAACACAAGCGUGCUUGCCAGGAUUCUAGAUGCAAUUAAAGAAGCUGAUAAAAUAGUGGAGACAAAGACAACUUCAGUGGGCCAGAUAGAGAACAAUUUGAAUGGACUACAUAAAAGCAAGAUCAUUGUUAAGAAGAAAUCAAAGCAAUCAAAUCCAUUUCAUUUAAAAGUGGGUCAUGAAGUUUUAAGACAGAGGAAGAAUCGGUGGAAAGAUGGUCGGUUCCAGUCAGAAUGGAUUGGUCCUUGUGUCAUUGACUACAUUACGGAAAGUGGGUGUGCUGUCCUGAGAGACAAUACGGGGACUAGGCUUAAGAGACCUAUCAAGAUGUCCCACCUGAAACCCUACGUCAGGGAAUCCAGUGAGCAGGAUAGUCUUUAUCUCUUGCAAGGUUCUAUAGUGGCGGAUCAUGACUACAUUGGAUUGCCCGAAAUUCCAGUUGGAACACACCAAGCAAAUAUCUUGAUAGAGGAUGCAGCUAUUGGUGUAGUCGAUAAUGAGCUGCUGACAUCAAGCAAGGAACAUGAACUGUUAGAAUUCAGAAAUGCCAAAGCAUCUUCACUGAUAGAAGAUCAUGGUACUCUUGAAAAGCAGACUUUCAGUCUUUUGGACUCUUCAAACCAAGUCCUUGAAUACUUAAGUUAGUAAAUACUAAAAUUGAUGUAAAGUUUUUGUUUAGGAUGUUGAUAUUGUAUCCAUUAAAGUAGGUUGUAUAGAACAAGUGUCUUAAAAUAGUCUUAAUGACUAAAUCCCAAAAUUUUAUAGGUGUUUAUUUAAAGUUAUGUCACAUUUGAGUAUCAGAUAGAUAUAUAGAGCAAAAAGCAUAUACAUUAUAUGCUUUUAUAUGUGUAUUGUAUCAUAUACUUCUAUCAACAUAUAUAUAUGUAUAUGUGUAUAUAUAUAAAAAGAAGCAUAUAAUGUAUAUGAUUCAGUUCUUUUAAAUAGAAAGUAGGGAAAGCAUCUUUGCUUCUAAGGAAAUAAAUUCCAGCUUAAAACUCUUA